UGUUUCUUUGCAGAGUAGUUGAUCGGAGGGCUGUUUCAGUGUUUGGCUGUGAAUAAUUUUUCUUAUCGUCAGCCUUUGAUUCAGUCGCUGGUCGCUCUCUUGCUGGAAGUUAGUUUGUGUCUUUAUCAGUCCCUGCCACCAUGGAUCCUGCUGACUCGACCAAUUUGAUAGUUAACUAUCUUCCUCAGACAAUGACGCAGGAGGAACUUCGCAGUUUGUUUGCCACCAUUGGCCCAGUAAAAUCGUGUAAAUUGAUUCGCAAUAAGACAACUGGGCAGAGCCUGGCCUUCGGCUUUGUCGACUACGAAACAGCUCUAGAUGCUAAGAAGGCCAUUCAGACGCUGAAUGGUUUGGUGAUGCAGACGAAAACAGUAAAGGUCAGCUACGCAAGACCCUCAUCUGCGGCAAUAAAGAACGCCAACUUGUACAUCUCCGGGCUCCCGCCUAGCUUCUCUCAGGAGGCAUUGGACGAGCUUUUCAACCCUUAUGGCCACAUCAUCACCAGUAAAGUUGUUGUCGAUAAUGACACCGGUUUAGGCAAAGGUAUUGCUUUCGUUCGAUACGACCAGAACCAGCAGGCGGUGGAUGCUAUUACAGGCUUGAAUCAGGCUACCCCAGCUGGCUGCCAUGGGCCCAUCACGGUGAAGUAUGCCAACGCACCGAAAACAGCGGCACAACAGGGUGGUAAUAGUCCUAUGCCACCCAUUUCGGUCCCGACCGGUGCCAUACCUGUAGUUGGUGGACAGUCAGCUAUCUCCACUGUUACACCGCAGCAGAGGAGGGGAGCAGUAAAUUCUGGCGUAGGAGGCCCUAUGCGCCACGCACAGGCGUCGUAUCGGUACAGCCCGCUGGGUAAUGCGCACUCUAAUCAUCAAGACCCGAUGGGACUGGCGGGAUUCUCAGCUGCUGCUCAAACCGCUGCCGCCGCCACCGGGGGUCAAAAUGGCUGGUGUCUUUUCGUCUACAACAUCCCCGAAGAAGCGGAAGAGGCGAUGCUGUACCAGACAUUCGGACCAUACGGUGCAAUUCUGUCGGUCAAAGUCAUCAAAGAUUACGGAACUGGCAAAAGCAAGGGAUAUGGUUUUGUGACCAUGGUGAACUACGAAGAGGCGUACAAUGCCAUUGUGGCACUGAAUGGCCAGAUGCUGAAUGGCAAACCUUUGCAGGUUUCCUUCAAGACAUCCAAGAACGCAUGAACACGGUGAGGUGUGUCUUACGUGUCCUGUGCCGAGGAUGAUUGUUCAUCUAGUGCGGAUUGCAUGGGCAUGUGCAUUCGUGUGUGCAUGCGCCAGGGUGUGUGUGUGUGUGUGUGCCUGUGUGCGUGUGUUUUUACGCUAGUAUAUGCUGCUCGGUGAUAGCAUAGCCCGGGUGUAUUGACUGAUAUUGACUGAUGGCUUGCUGUAGCUAAUGCCCGUCUUCCUGCUGCCCGCUGUUCAGGUGCUUUGUUGCCAGUGUGAUGCUUGCCUCUCUGUUUGUUUUUAUUUCUUCGUCUUUCCUUCUCUUUUCCUUUUUGAUUUCUUUUCCUUUUCUUUGUUUUGAGUUGAGUUUGUCUAUCUCCUCCGUUCCGUUUUCUCCGAGUUACUAUCAUCUUUUUUCUUUUCUUUUUCUUUUGGUCUCUUUGAUUUAUGUUGACCCGUUUUUUCUAUCUGUACAUACUUCUCUCUGCUCUGUUUUGUUUUCUUUUGUGGGGACAUGAGGCUGUGUGGUGGUCAUGGUGAUGGUGUGUUUCUCUACUUUCUUUUGGGUCGCCCCGUAUUUCUUUAUAGGUUACAACUCAAGACAGGUUAGGAUCCUGA